AAAGACGAGUUUUGCAUUGAUCACUUAGUUUGUAAAGAUUAAGAGAAAUUAUUUUUCGACACGGCUAUAAAUACACGCAACAAUUUACAUAAUCGUCUCUUCUAUUCAGAAAAUUCGAUAAGGAAAGGACUUUUUUAAGGGAAGUGAUCCCACGACGUAAACGACGACGAAGAGGAAGCAGUGAUCGGGCCCGAUUUCCUUUUCUACUUCGCAGCAGGAGACAUCUUCAUCGUCAUAUUUACAUAUUUCUGAGGAGGAAAGAUGACAUUUUUACUUGGCUUCGGACUGGUGGUCUGUUCUCUCGUCACGAAUGGACGCGCCGAGCCCCCAUCACCCCUGCAGAAUUACGGGCCUCCAGGAGGAGGACCCCAACAAAAUUCCGGGGGUGGAUACUUACCCCCACAACAAGGGGGUUAUUCUUCUGGACCAUCGUCGUCGUCGCAGUCCUUUGCCCCAGUGGUGAGACAACCAUCCACCUCGUACGGCAACCCUCCCCCACCUCCCCCUCAGCAAGGUGGAGGUGGUGGUGGUGGAGGAGGUUAUCAACCACAACAAGGCGGUGGAGGUGGUGGUUAUCAACAAGGUCCCCAACAAGGCUAUAAUUCCCCCGCACCUCCACAAAGUAAUUUCCCCCCACAACAACAAGGGGGCGGAGGGUAUUCGGGGCAGGGGCAAAGUUAUACCCCGUCUUCCCCAUCAUCCUCUAGUAGCCAACAAGGGUACAGUACCCCACUGACGUCGGGUGGCUCGUCCCCUUCAUCCCCCUCUUCCUCUGGGGGAUACACGUUUUCCGCCCCGCAGAAAAGUUACUCCAUCUCUCUAGCUGCGCCGGCCCCACAACAACAACCACAAAGCGGGUACGGAGGUGGUGGUCAACAAGGUGGAGGAAGUGGCUACAAUAGCGCCCAAGGUUUCGGAUCACCCGUCCCCCAACCACAAUCCGGGUACUCAUCUCAACCAUCUCCCGGGUCCGGGUAUCAGCGUGGCGGUGGCGGUGGCGGUUCAUCCCCGCAAUAUGAUUACGACGACGCCACCGUUAUCUCAUCCCAACCGUCCAAACCACAACAAAGUUUCGGGGGUCCGGCGCCCAGCAAUAAUAAUCCAGCACCUUCUCGACCACAACAAAGCUAUGGGUCACCUUCUCAGCUGGAAACGUCGCAGCCAAAACCACAGCAAAAUUAUGGUCCACCUCCCCCUAGGAAUCCAAGCCCUCAACCGGGAUACGGCUCACCGGCCCCCGCAGCUCCAAAACCUCAACAAGGUUACAGCACGUCGUCAUCGUCAUCAUUCCAAUCGUCCCCUCAGUCAGGGUACAAUUCCCCCCAGAGAAAUCCGUCCCCUCAAGCCGGCUACGGUUCCCCAGCCCCACAACAAAGCGGUCCAGCUCAGCGGGGUCCAUCUUCUUCUGGGGGUCCAUCUUCCUCGGGGGGAUAUUUACCUCCUCCCUCCCAAAAAACCUAUCCCGCCAAACCCCAACAAAAUUACGGACCCCCCGCCAUCCAACCACGUGACCAACCACAAUCCGGCUACAGUAAUAGCGCCCCCGCCCCCGCCCAGUCUGGUGGCUACUCAGGUAACGGAGGGGGACAAACCUACGGCCCCCCAGGUUUCGAUCCGGCCGCCCCGAUCGGUGGUGGCGGUGGGCCGGCCAAUUGUCCCCCUAAUGACCCCGAAGAGAAUAGAAAACUCGUCCUAAAAGCGUACCAGGAGGUCUUUGGGGACCACAAUUUAGCAAAUGUGGACCAGUACUUUGACGCCAAUUAUAUCCAGCACAAUCCCAUGGCGCCGGAUGGGAGGGAAGGGUUGCGUGGGUUGAUUAGUUCGGUGCCAGAUCCUCCACAGAAGGUGGACUUUAUGCGGUCCGCGGCAGAUGGGGAUCUUGUAUGGACGCAUUCGAAGAUUAAAUUCUUUGGAAAGACGUACGCGGCGGUGGAUAUUUUCAGGGUCGAAUGCGGCAUAAUCAAGGAACAUUGGGACGUUUUACAGGACACCGAAUUAAAAAUGCCUGCAGCUAAUGAGCAUCCAUUCUUCUAAGGAUAAAGCUAAUUCAUAAUUACAAGUGCAACAAUUUUAUAUUUUUUUAACACCCAGUAAUAUUUUACUAAUUAUAAUUAAUAAUUUGACAAAUAAAAAUAAACAUGACAAAAUAAAUGCGUCA